CUUUGCACUAGCAGACGACAGACAAUACAACCUCAUUGCAAUUGGCACUAAAGAGACCCCGGUUCAGUCUGUUGUUGAUUUCGCAUUUAUUUUGAAUAUAACUCGUCAAAAUUCCUGACAUCUUGUCUCUAAAAUGUUGUCAUCAUCUAUUAAAGCGGUUGCUAAACAGUUAAAGUCUCCUACGUUGUCGGCCACAGAGCUAUGUGAUGCCAGCUUGAGACGCAUUGAGAAAACCAAAUCACUGAAUGCUUUCAUUACAGUUACUUCUGAAAUUGCUCAAAAACAGGCAAAAGAGAGUGAUGAAAGACAUUCUAAAGGAAAACGUAAAGGUGAACUUGAUGGGAUUCCUAUUGCUGUGAAGGACAAUUUCUGCACUGAAGGAGUGCUAACGUCAUGUGGAUCACACAUGUUAUCAAAUUUUGUCCCUCCAUACAGUGCCACUGUAGUCUCAAGAUUACAUGAUGCAGGUACAGUCAUGGUCGGGAAGUGUAAUCUGGAUGAAUUCGCCAUGGGAUCAGGUACUGUUGAUUCAAUCUAUGGUCCAACCAAAAAUAUCUGGGGCUCAGAUAUACCUUUUGAAUUGUUGAACUCAAUUCAUAAGAAAGGAGGUGAAAGCUCUUCUACCUUGAACGUAAAACAAGGAGUUCUAGAAGAGGAUUGGCAUAUAGCUGGUGGAAGCUCAGGUGGAAGUGCUGUGGCUGUGGCUACAGGAUCAUGCUUUGCAGCUCUUGGAUCAGAUACAGGUGGCUCUACCCGCAAUCCUGCUGCAUAUUGUGGUGUUGUCGGUUUGAAGCCAUCUUAUGGGCUUGUUUCAAGGCAUGGACUUAUUCCACUAGUCAACUCCAUGGACGUUCCUGGCAUCAUUGCUCGGACUGUGGAGGAUGUUACCUUAGUAUUAAAUGCUAUAGCCGGACCAGAUGAUCAUGAUUCUACCACUAUAAAAAGACCACAUAAAAAAAUUUCUUUAGAAGAAACUGUAAAUUUAAGGGGAUUGCGCAUAGGAAUUCCCAAAGAAUAUCAGAAUUCAUUGAUGUCCCAAGAAAUGAUUGAGGUCUGGAAAUAUGCAGCUUCCAUUUUAAAUGAGGGCGGAGCAACUGUUACUGAGGUAUCUCUGCCUCACACAUCUAGUUCAAUAGCAUGCUAUUCUGUACUAAAUCAAUGUGAAGUGGCCUCUAAUAUGGCUCGAUAUGAUGGUCUCAGAUUUGGAAUUCGAGGUAAAGAUACCUCUUCCACUGAACAAUUGUAUGCCGAAACCAGAAGUACAGGUUUUAAUGAUGUUGUAAGAAGCAGAAUUCUGUCUGGCAAUUAUUUCCUCUUGAAAAGAAACUACGAAAAGUACUUUGUUAAAGCCCUGAAAGUGCGUCGAUUGAUAAAAAGAGAUUUUGAUAAUAUAUGGAACAAUAAUAUAGAUAUCUUGUUAACACCAACAACUCUCAGUCAGGCCCCUAGACUGUCUGAGUUUAGGCAGCAUGACAACCAGACCCAAUGUGUUACCCAAGAUUAUUGUACUCAACCUGCUAACAUGGCUGGUAUUCCAGCAAUCUGCCUACCUAUCAGACUGUCUGCUGAUGGAUUACCUCUCAGUUUACAGUUGAUGGCACCUAUGUAUGAAGAAAGUGUUAUGAUGAAAACAGCACUUUGGCUUCAACAAGCAGUGAACUUUCCACAGAUUAGUCUCAAAAUUUAAUAAAGUAACAAUUCUUCAAUUAUA